UUAAACAUAAAAAUCGCGAAAACCAGAAAUUGUAGAGCGUUCGCUUAUCGAUUUUUUUUUCGUUCAAUUUGUUCUAGCAAAGGCGUUUCCGGUGCAAUUGUGAUAUUUAAGUUGACUUUAUAGUUUAGUUACAAUUUCUUUGUAAUCUUCCCGGGAACCCAUCCAAAAAACCAAAGGAGACACAAAUUUUUGAGUUGCCAUUUGUAGCCGCGUUUUUGAGGAAAACCAGUAAAUAAUAAUUUGUUGUAUGAGUCAGAAAGCCGAAAGACCAGUACUAUCAGGUCAACGCAUCAAGACCAGGAAAAGGGAUGAAAGAGAGAAGAAUGACCCCACGGGAUUCCGUGACGCGGUCAUUGCUGGUCUCGAAGCAGCUGAAGAUCUAGAGCAAAUCUCCAAGUUUUUGGAUAGCGCUGGUAACAAACUCGAUUAUCGUCGCUACGGCGAAGUAUUAUUCGAUAUUCUAAUUGCUGGUGGUUUACUUGUACCCGGAGGAUCUAUCUCACAAGAUGGCGAGAAACCGCGUACCGAUCGCUGUCUAUUCGCAGCACCGGAAGACAUGGAAUCGAUGCGGAACCAUGAGCAGAUCUUCACCCGGCUUAUGCGUCGAUACAAGUACCUUGAGAAAAUGUUUGAGGAAGAAAUGAAGAAGGUUCUGGUCUUCAUCAAGGGUUUUACUCCACUUGAAAGGCUCAAGCUGGCACGCAUGACGGCAUUGUGGAUUGCUAACAAUUCUGUACCGCCGCAUGUGCUGCUGGUGCUAAACAAUGAGCAUCUGACGAAGGACGGUCUUUCGCUCGAGUUCCUGAUAGAGGUGUUUGCAACCUUCAAGCAGGAAAAGGGCACCGCACCGCUGGUGGCGGUACUGCGCAAGGGCGGUUUGGACAACCGUCUAUUGGAGUUCCUGCCGAUCAACAAGCGCAGCGAGGAACACCUCAAGUCGGUGUUCAUCGAGAAGGACCUGUCCGACAUCUUCAAGCUUCACAUGGCUCAGGCGAGCCAGGAAGCGAAACGCGAACUGACACAGCUACUGAUCGACGACAUUAAUGAUAACAAAAAUACAAAAGAUAUUAUUGCCGACAUAAAGGACAUGUCGUCAAAAUCAAACAUUCCCGAACAUGAAGUUAUCGGUCUUAUCUGGAACACCGUUAUGUCCCUGGCCGAGUGGAACAAGAAAGAGGAACUGGUUACGGAACAGGCUCUGAAGCAUCUGCGCACUUAUACCCAGCUGUUCGGAGCGUUCACCACCAGCAACCGAUCAGAGAUGGCGCUCAUGUUGAAAAUUCAGGAGUAUUGCUACGAGAACAUGAACUUCAUGAAAGCGUUCCAGAAGAUUGUGCUUCUGUUCUACAAAACCGAAGUCAUUUCUGAGGAUUCAAUCCUCAAGUGGUUCAAGGAAGGACACUCAAACAAGGGCAAGAUGCACUUCUUGGAGCAGAUGAAGCAGUUUAUCGAAUGGCUGCAGAAUGCUGAAGAAGAGACCGAAUCUGAAAACGAGGAGGAGAAUGAUUAAGCGUAUGUUCACAUGGAUGUUGAAAUAACAAAUAUACGCCCCCUUAUAUUUUGACAAUUAUCGUGAAAGGCGAUGGGAGAGUCUUAAAUCACAAAACACACUCAACCAUAUAUAACAUGUGAACUAAAAUCAUAUUUAUUCUAUAUAACUCAAAAACACGCCAAUUAUUAUCACACCCCUCAUUUGAGAAACUCAUCUAGCGAAGUGGAGAAUUCAUAAAGAAGAAAAACACUACCAGAGAUAAAUACAAGGAUAAAAAAAAUCACGAGUGAGAAAUCCUCAAAUGAAAACUGCUUUACUAGGGAAUCAAAUCAUGUAAUCCAUUGUGAGUCAAAACAAAUUCCACACACGCGCGAAUCAAGAAAACCGGUCAAAAUUAUCAUUGAAUCAUAAACAUCCGUUGGCGGUACGAAAACAACCAACGUCAUCUUUACAAUAGACAAGAUUCAAACACAUAUGUUUAUAUAGAAAACAACAGAAAAAUAUUGAAAAAAAAACAAUAAAACAAAUCAACCUUCAA